AGAGGGCCAGGACUGAGUUUGGGGUACACUGCCAUCAAGGGGCAAGAACUCAAUAGAGUUCAAACCAGCCACAACACACUCAAUAUACUGGAAAGGAGUAAAAUGGAUUCAAAAUGGAACCUUGCAGAAGCUGUCAACAAAAUGCUGAGGACUUCCAGAACACCUUCAGCCUGGGGAACUUUGGGGACCAUCAAGCCAAACCAGAGUUUUAAUGCUGAAAGGGAUAUUGAUGACCUGAUGGAAGCAUUAAAAACAAAAGACAUAGAUGAAAUCAGAAUCGUGGAUAUUCUGACGAAUAGGAGCAAUGAACAAAGGCAGCAGAUUCUCAAGACCUUCAGGAGCUUCACAAACCAGGAUCUGGUGAAACUUCUUAGUACAGCACUUUCAGGUAACUUGGAGAAGCUAAUCCUUGGACUGAUGAAAACACCAGCCCAGUUUGAUGCUCAUGAAGUAAAAGCAGCAUUAAAGGGUCUGGGGACAAAUGAAGAUGUUUUAAAUGAGAUUCUAAUCACAAGGAGCAACAAACAGCUUGAAGAUAUGGCCACAGUCUACAAACAAGAAUUCAACAAUGAUCUAGAGAAGGACAUUGGGGCAGACACCACUGGGGACUACAAAGAGCUCCUUCUCAUGUUAGCAAAGGGAAAGCGUGAAGAAUACAAGGAAGUUAUCAACUAUAUGCUUAUCGAUGAAGAUGCCCAGGAAAUGCAUGAAGCAAUAACCAACAAUAAGAAACCAGAUCUGAAGAAAUGGAUUGCCAUAUUAACAGAAUACAGUUUAGACCAUCUCCAAAGAGUAUUUGAUCGGUACAAACACUACAGUUCCAUAGACAUUGAAGACGCCAUUAAUAAGCACAUGAAUGGAGAUGCUCAAAAAGCUAUGCUGGCUUUAGUUUCCAACAUCAGAAAUACCCCUUUAUAUUUUGCUGACAAGCUGCACAAUGCCCUAAAGAGUAAAGGAACUGAUGACAAGACGCUAAUAAGAAUUCUGAUUUCUCGCUGUGAAAAUGAUCUCCUGAGUAUUCGAAAUGAAUUUAGGAAAAAAUAUGGAAAGUCAUUGUAUUCUACCAUCCAGAAUGAAACAAAAGGAAGCUACCAAGCUGCUCUGCUGGCCUUGUGCCGGGCUGAAGACCUCUGAGAGUGAAACUGAUGGGCUGAUUUUUUCAGCACAUGAAUGUAAACUGGCUGAAGACAGCAGUACAGGGUUGAAAGGGUGGCUCAAUGUUUACCCAGCAAAAUAAAAUCAAAACAGACUUUUUGAGAUAACAGAUUUCAAGUGGACAGAACACUGCCUCUCUAAAGGCUCUGACCUGUGACAUGCACUGAGGUUGAAAGGAAUAUCACCUGAGCAGGUAGUCUGUGGAGUACCUCAAACAAUGUGAAAUCCUGCAGGCUGUUUUCCAGUAUUUCUGUUCACCUUCUGUCCAGUCAAGGAAACUAUAGCAUUCUGCCAUGUGUUUUUUAAUCUCUGUACAUACUGAAUAACUAGGCUUUUGUGUAUGUGUUAGUUUUUAUAUAUUUAUAAAAUGUGAUAACUGCUUCUGGGUUUCUUAUUUUUUUCCUUCAGAAUCAGGUUCAUAUCUGUUAUUUGCUAUUAGCAAUCAAUGUUUAAAUUUGGGGUAACAGUAAUAUGGUUUCUUAAGCUUCACCACUAAAUAAAUAAUAAUAAUAAUAA